UCUCUCGCUCACACUGCUGCAGACAGUACGUCCUCGAACAGCAACACACACUCACUCAGCACAACUUUAAAAACGGAAGGUGACCUCACCAGACUGUUGCUCUCCCCUCACUAGAGACGUCAGGGGUUCGAAGACCCCCAAACCAAUGUUGGGGCCCCCGACACAUACCUUCUAAACCGCUCGUGUGUGUGUGGUUCACGGCGGCGUGCGGACACAUGUGUGCCAGCCCUCCGGGGGGGGUGUGAUUGAGUAGCGACCCCCCCACCCAGGCGUCAGGACCCAGGGGCCCGGGGCCCCGCAUGGCGGGCUGUAGGGAGAGAGGGCCCCGGCUGCAGCGGCCGUGGUCCGUCUACAGGGCCUCCACCUUCGAGCUGUCUGCAGAGAUGAUCAGCCUGACGCUGGCCGGAAACAGCCAGGAUCCAGAUGAGCCCGUACUGGAGUUCAGCUUGGCGUGCUCGGAGCUCCUCCCCCCGGCGCCGGACAGGAAGCCCAGUAGCUUUGUGGCGGCGAGCGUAACCACGCCCCCUCAGGGCUUCUGGACCAAACACGCCCAGACCGAGGUCAUCGAGGGCACCAGUAACCCAAUCUUCCUGAGCAGCAUGGCCUUCUUCCAGGACUCCAACAUCAGCCAGCAGACGCAGGUCAAACUGUCCGUCUACGACGUCAAGGACCGCGCCCAGGGAACGAUGUACAUGCUGGGGUCGGCCCUGUUUCCUGUGAAGGAGCUCUUACAGAACAAGGAACACAAGCUGAGCCUCGUGUUGAGAUCGGCGGAGAACCAGUGUGUGGGGACCAUCACGGUGGUCGCGUGGCAGAGUGAGGAGAGGAGGGACCAGCAUCUGUCCAGGCUGCCCGACCAACUCAACGGACGGACGGUGUUGUCGGUGGAUGAGAGCCUCACAGAGUCCAUGGGGGUCCGGACCAAAUACUCCUCCCUGAGCAAGGACCCCCUCCUGCGCUCGGUGUUCGGGGGCACCAUGUCCCGGAUGUACCGCCUCCCCACCGUGGACGGGAUCCCCCUCAGGGUCCUUGAGCAGAUGGCCGAGAGCGCCCUGUCACUCAACGUCCCGCGGCAGUUCGUCAAGCUGCUGCUAGACCAGAGCUCGGCCAGGGUGUGUGAGCUGGACGAUCUGGGCGAGCUGUCCCCCUGCUGGGAGGGUCUCAGGCGACAGAUCGUCUCCCAAUACCAGACCAUAAUACUCUCCUACCACGAGACCCUGACCCACCUCUGCGACUACAGAGGGCCGUCCUUUAAGGCCAGUAACCUGAAGGCGGACAGGAAGUUGGAGUUCAUGUCGACCAAUCUGCACGUCCAACGCAUGAGAGUACAGGACCAGCUGGGCUUUGACCACACCUACGACCUUGUCACCAUGGGCGCGCCCGCCGCCCACUGCCACGGCUUCAAGAGCGGCGGCCUCCGGAAGCUCCUGCACAGGCUGGAGGAGGCCAAGAAACACGAAUAUGAGGAGGAAUGCCACUCCCUCUCCUCCUCCUCCUCCCCCUCCUCACCCCAGGAGGUGUCCCGGGCCAGGGAGGUGCUGGGGCACGUGGACACGCUCCGCACCCAGGUGGGGUACUACGCAGAGAGGCUCUCCAGGGCCGCCAGGGAGCGCUCUGCCCCCGGGCUCCAGAGGACCCUGGACACCCUGGUGGAUAAGGCCCGUCAGCUGGUGAGCGUGUGCGACUGCGACCUCCUCUCCUCCUCCGUCCAGGCCCUGAACGCCGCCCGCCCUGACUACGUUGCCUCCCGUGCCUCCCCCUCCUCCCCCUCCGCCUCCCCCGCGGCCGCGGAGGGGGAGGAGGGGAAGGAGGAGGAGGAGGAGGAGCUGGUCGUGCUCAGGAACGACCGGGACACCCUGCUGGCCAAGUGGAGCGGCUGCAACAGCCGGCAGACGCAACAAGGGGAGUGGGUCGAGGAGGAGUGGGAGAAGGUGUGGCUCAACGUGGAGAAGUCUCUGGAAUGUGUCGUCCAGCGUGUGGACCAGCUCCUCAGGAAGGAGAGGAGGCCCAGCACCUCCUCCUCCUCCUCCCAGCAGGACACAACCUCCUGCUGCUCCUCCUCCUCGGACCACCAGGCCAAGAAAGGCAGUGUACGGACGCGGGCGUUCUGGAUCAACCCGGGCCCCGCCCCCGGCGACCCCCCCUCGGCUACAUCACCUUCACCUUCAUCACCUUCAUCACCCUGCUCCUCCUCGUCACCUCCUCCAUCACCCUCCUCAUCCUCCCUGCCCACUGCAUGCCCGCCCAACCCUGAACCCUAUGGCAGCCCCAGUGCUGAGGAGGCAUACCCAGGGCAGUGGAGUGAGGCGUUGUACCCCCUGCUCUCCACCCUGACGGCGUGCGUGGCCCUGAUGAGCGAGCGGGCCAAGAGCGCCCUCGUCUUCCUGCUGAUGAGAGACGCCGCGCCCACCGUCGCCAUGGAGACCCAGCUGCAGUACCGCCGCGACGUGGUCUUCUGCCAGACGCUCAGCGCACUCAUCUGCGGCUUCAUCAUCAAGCUGAGGAGCUGUCUCCGUGACGACGGGUUCCUACGGCAACUCUACACCAUCGGCCUGCUGGCCCAGUUUGAGUCUCUGCUAAGCACCUACGGAGAGGAGCUGGCCAUGCUAGAGGACAUGAGCGUUGGGAUCAUGGACCUCAGGAACGUGACCUUUAAGGUCACCCAGGCGACGGGAAACUCCGCCCCCGACAUGCUGCCCGUUAUCACCGGUAACCGUGACGGCUUCAACGUCCGCAUCCCGUUGCCGGGCGCCAUGUUUGACGCGUUGCCGCGGGAGAUCCAGAACGGCAUGCUGCUCCGGGUUCAACCGGUUCUGUUCAGCGUGGGAAUCAACGAGCAGCAGACGCUGGCCGAGAAGUUUGGAGACACCUCCCUCCAGGAGGCCCUUAACCUGGAGAGCCUGGCCCGGCUCAACUCCUACUACAGCCAGUUCAAAGAGGUGCUGCCGGAGGACUGCCUCCCCCAGUCCCGUUCCCAGACCUGCCUCCCGGAGCUGCUGCGCUUCCUGGCGCAGAACGUCCACGCCAGGAAGAACAAGAACGUCGACAUCCUGUGGCAGGCGGCCGAGAUCUGCCGGCGGCUGAACGGCGUUCGGUUCACCAGCUGUAAGAGUGCCAAGGACCGGACGGCCAUGUCGGUGACCCUGGAGCAGUGCCUGGUGCUGCAGCACGAGCACCGCAUGGCGCCCCAGCUCUUCACCCAGGCGCUGGACUGCAUGCGCAGCGAGGGCUGUCGGCGGGAGAACACGAUGAAGAACGUGGGCUGCAGGAAGUACGCCUUCAACUCCUUGCAGCUCAAGGCCUUCCCCCGCCAGUACCGCCCCCCUGACGGCACCUUCGGCAAGGUUGAGACCUGAUUGGCCGCCGGAGGAGAGGGCCGGAGUUCGGACCGAUCGGACGAUUCCGAACUGUUUUUUUAUUUUUCGUUCUUAACAGAUUGUGUGUGUGUGUGUGUGUGUGUGUGUGUGUCUGCGUGUCUGUGUUAGAUUGAGUGUGUGUGUCUGUCUGAGAGUGUGUGUGUCUGUUUGUCCGUCUGUUUGACUGAGUGUGUGUGUGUUAGAGUGAGUGUGUGCGUGUGUCUGUCUGAGAGUGUGUUUGCGUGUGUGUGUGUGUGUCUGUCUGAGAGUGUGUGUGUGUGUCUUAAUCUGAGAGUGUGUGUGUGUGUGCAUCUGAAUGUGUGAGUGUGUGUGUGUCUGUAUUAGGGUGUGUGUGUCUGUGUUAGAGUGCGAGUCUGUUAGUGUUUGUGUUAGUGUGAGUUUGUGUCUGUGUCAGAGUGUGUGUCCGUGUGUAUGUGUGUGUGUGUGUGUGUGUGUGUGUGUUUUUUCUUCUGAACUUGGUGGCUUUGUGGGGGAGGGAGGGGGGGAAGGAGGGUAAGGGUUUUGCACAAAUCAUGUGGCCUUCUGAAAUCUCUGUCAAAAAAAGAUCGGACGACUUGCAUUGCGUUGCUUUUGUGUACUCGUGCACUGAAGAUAUUGAUUUGUAUAUUUUUUUUUACAGUUUACUCUUAAGAGGGGGAGGGGAAAUUACAGACCUUGUGUAAAUAACCGCUUCAGAUGUCACAAGCAUUUGUCGCAAUUAUGUCAAAAUAACAGUCAGUUAAUAACAGUAACAGUUAAAAAAAGGAGAAGUUUGACUCUGAAGAGGGAUGAGAGGUUAAAGGUCACAUAUUACACCACCAGGUGUGAGUGUGAUUAGCCGUUACAAGCCGUUUUGAAAACCAGGCUUGUAACGGCUCAAACCUGGUGGUGUAAUAUGGGACCUUUCAAUUAACCACAACAGACUUAGUUUGAGACCGUCCAGACACUGUUUUAUCUGUCCUGUUGAUUGAUUGAUUGAUUGACAGCUCUUCUUUGCUAAGUGUUGCCGAGAUGUACCUCAAGAGACAUGCUACUAGUGAACAUAUUUAGAAUAAUAAAGAUUUCUUUGUCAAAAAGUUUUUUGGACGCUUUUGGCUUCUCCAUAUCAACCUGUUUUUGAUUGAUUCUGCAGGAUGAAAUUAAGCCUUUGACUGAAAAAGGCAAAUCACCCUAUGAUAUGGACAUCGGAAAGUUUGUAUUUUGUUUGUUUUCAAUGUAUGUACUUAUAUCAGAAUUCCAAGUUUACCUAUCCAUUUUUUUAGGCGGUUUCGAUUUUUUUCUUUAGUUAUUCUCUGGUCUUGUGCAAAUAAUAUUACCUGUCAAUUUCUGAUAUUAAAAUAAAAACGAAUUCAAUCAUGAUUGUAUGGCCUUACUCGAUGCAAGUAAGAGACGAUGCGAUUUAUCAACACUAGAGGGCGCCUUUUCUCCAAUAACAGCGUAACUAUCAUAGGGCCAGGCAAUGAGGGUAUGAGACGUUUGAAAGGUCAUUUGUGUUUGAUUAACCGUUAUAAAUCGCAAAGACUCCAGUCUUUCUACAGUUGCCUUCUA